UGAGUGUAAAACUACAGUUCCCUCAGAGCUGCUCGGAGGUGUUAGUUGUCAAUAUGGCUGUUGUCAGACAGACAAAGCAGAGAGGCAAAUAAUUCGCCUCUGAUUAGAAAUCCUUGGAAAAAGGUCGGACAGGGCACUGUAAUCAAAUUGCUUAAUUGUUCGGCUGCAGUAAAAGACGCAGGGGUCUUUGCUCAAUUUGCAAACUUAAAUGGUUAAGUCGACGAUUUGAACCAAGCAGGAUGUCCGAGUUCAGUGAGGAGCCGCGCUUCACUAUUGAGCAGAUAGAUCUGCUACAGCGGCUGCGUCACACCGGCAUGACCAAGCAGGAGAUCCUGCAUGCACUUGACACUCUGGACCGGCUGGACCGGGAGCAUGGCGACAAGUUUGGCCGCCGCACCUCUUCUUCCUCCUCCUCCUCUUCCUCCUAUGGAGUAGGCGGGGUAAACAGCUGCACCAACAACUCUGCCUCUAAUACAACUACCACAUCAUUCAACAAUAACAACACUGCCUCGGCAACCACCACCUCUUCCGUGUCAUGCAACGGCAACAACAGCACCAUCAACAGUGGCGAGGGAAGCGCUGGCAAUCACUCUGUGGCUGCUUCCUCUUCCACAACCUCCAAAAUCUCUACCGCCACACAGACGCAGUUUGGCAGCAGCGGGGGACUCUCGCCAUCUCCUAGCAACAGCUACGACACCUCUCCGCCUCCAGGACCGCCACCACCCUCUGCUAUCUUGACAUCACCAGUCUCCUUGGUGGCGCUGUCACAGAAUGGGCGUGAUAGCUUAGCUGCUACACCCAAUGGGAAGCUGUCUCCUCCACGAUAUCCAGUGAACAGCGCGGCUGCAGCACGGGCUUUUGGGUUUGAAGCUACAGAAGAAGACCUGGACAUUGAUGACAAGGUGGAGGAACUGAUGAGGAGGGACAGCAGUAUGGUGAAAGAGGAGAUCAAAGCAUUUCUUGGGAACAGGAGGAUCUCUCAGGCAGUAGUGGCACAAGUUACUGGCAUCAGCCAGAGCAGGAUCUCCCAUUGGCUACUGCAGCAUGGCUCUGACUUGAGUGAGCAGAAGAAGAGGGCCUUCUACCGCUGGUACACGCUGGAGAAAACCACACCAGGUGCCACCCUUAACAUGCGGCCAGCUCCGUUGCCUCUGGAGGAGAUGGAGUGGAGGCAAACCCCACCCCCCCUCACCACUGCUCCUGGUACCUUCCGGCUGCGUCGGGGAAGUCGCUUCACUUGGAGGAAAGAGUGCCUGGCCGUGAUGGAGAGCUACUUCAAUGACAACCAGUACCCAGAUGAGGCCAAACGGGAAGAGAUUGCAAAUGCCUGCAAUGCUGUUAUUCAGAAACCAGGGAAGAAGCUGUCUGAUCUGGAGAGGGUCACCUCCCUUAAAGUUUACAACUGGUUUGCAAAUCGUCGUAAAGAGAUCAAGAGACGGGCUAACAUUGAAGCCACAAUCUUGGAGAGUCAUGGGAUAGAUGUCCAGAGUCCCGGAGGACACUCCAACAGCGAUGACAUCGAUGGGAAUGACUUCUCAGAGCAGGUAGAAAGUGAUUGA